UGGACAAUCACUUAAGAACCCAGAGGAAUCCUCAUUUGCGACACCCCACAUCUACGUAUCUGGACAUUAUAUCUACUGUUGUUUCUCCGAAAUCCUUUCUUUUCAACCAUCAACGCUCAAAACAUCCGCCACCAAAAUCCCCAACUUCCCAUAGGGACCCGGCCCUUUCGCCGACAAUGGAUAAAGCGCAGCAGCCCAGCUCUUUUCAACAGCUAGAAAAGCUUGGAGAAGGCACUUAUGCCACUGUAUUCAAGGGCCGGAAUCGCCAAACCGGCGAGCUAGUGGCUUUGAAGGAAAUUCAUCUCGAUUCCGAGGAGGGAACACCAUCGACGGCCAUUCGCGAGAUCUCAUUGAUGAAGGAGCUCAAACAUGAGAGUAUUGUCUCGCUUUACGAUGUCAUUCACACUGAGAACAAACUGAUGCUUGUUUUUGAGUACAUGGACAAGGAUUUGAAGAAGUAUAUGGACACCCGGGGCGAACGGGGACAAUUGGACCAGGCGACAAUCAAGUCAUUCAUGCAUCAGCUCCUCAAGGGUAUUGCAUUCUGUCAUGAGAAUCGAGUACUCCACCGUGACCUGAAGCCUCAGAAUCUCUUGAUCAACAAAAAGGGACAACUCAAGCUGGGAGAUUUCGGUCUCGCCCGGGCUUUUGGUAUCCCCGUCAACACGUUUUCCAAUGAGGUCGUGACCCUAUGGUACCGCGCCCCGGACGUCCUUCUCGGCAGCAGGACAUACAAUACGAGCAUUGACAUUUGGUCUGCUGGCUGUAUCAUGGCAGAGCUGUAUACUGGCCGUCCACUGUUCCCGGGAACCACCAACGAGGACCAAUUGCAGAAGAUCUUCCGUCUCAUGGGAACGCCUUCGGAACGCUCGUGGCCGGGCAUCUCUCAGCUGCCGGAAUAUAAGCCGAAUUUCCACGUUUAUGCGACACAGGACCUAGGCCUCAUCUUGCCCCAAAUCGACCCCCUGGGUCUUGAUUUGCUGAACAGGAUGCUUCAACUACGACCAGAGAUGCGGAUCAGUGCACAUGACGCACUGCAGCAUCCAUGGUUCCAUGAUCUGCCUCAAAUGCAGGCGCAGCUACGGCAGCAGCAGCAGCAAAUGGCUGGAUACGGAGGGAUGGUUGCUUCCCAACAGGCAUAUUAGUCAACCGAGGAACUUACUUUAUCUUUCAUCUUUUUCUUUCGCUAGUUGACAGGAAUGACGAGAUGAUGGGACUGGUUUUAGAUUUGAGAGGGAGCCUGGCGUUAUACCCGAGAACAAAAUUCGCACUAAAUACUUACUCUCUUCUUGUGUUCUGAAGCACCUUGGCUUGUUUAUCCGGGCUGUACAGUUAGUUGCCUGGCCACGCAACAGUGAUCUACAUCUUCAUAGUUCGAAUAGAAUAUUAUACUAGCA